UGCUGUAUUGUACGUGAUGCCACCCAAUGAGGCUUGAAAAGUUUGCCACUUUACCAUUGGCAAUUACCCCGUUAAUUCAAUCCACUUUAUAAAGAUGCAUGCAAAAAACCUUUCAUCCAGACGUUGCAUAUUAUAAACAAAAACAUUAUUACUUGCCUUCGCUUUGAAGAAUCUCUUCACAAAUGGACGGUUCUUUUGCCAAUAAGGUCAUCAUCUUCCUUUGGUUUAUAGCUCUCACCUUUUGCCCAUCCGCUUGGGUUGAAGCUGGAUGCAGCAAAGAACAGAACAGAGCUCUGUUGGAGAUCAGAAACUCUACAGAUGGUCUAGCAUUCGACGAUUUUGACGGGAGUCAUUGUUGUCAUUCACGUCAUAGUAUCUGGUGUGACAAAGAUCAUGGAAAAGUUACCAGUAUGGUUCUAAACAUCGACAGCAUGAAGGUGCCGUCAAUCACAUGGCAUCCGAAUGUGACUUUGUUCACCUUAUUCAAUGAACUGGAGGUUCUUGAUCUUAGCAGCAUGAACAUCGGAGGAGAGCUUCAAGCUUUUUGUGAACUGAAGCGAUUAAAAUAUCUAAGGAAGUUGUACCUUGGGAAUAAUAGAUUGGAAGGUAAUAUUCCCUCUUGUCUUGAGAGGUUUGAAGACCUUGAUCUAUCGCAUAAUCGCUUGCAGGGCCAUGUACCUUCAUCGAUUUUCUCUAACCAGAGCAAGAUUACAAAAUUUAAAGUCUCUGGUAAUAGUUUAAAAGGGGUGUUGUCAUUUUCCAUAUUUGCCAAUGCUUCUAAUCUUAAAUUACUCGAUCUCUCAAGCAACGAGUUGGAAGUUGAAAUAGAGUCUGCCUCCUGGUUGCCCAACUUUCAACUAGGAUCUCUGAACUUGGCAAGCUGCAGCCUCAACAAGAAGAAUGGCCACGUUGUCCCAACCUUCAUAUCCACCCAACAUUUAUUGUAUUUGCUAGACUUUUCUGACACCUCAUUAGAAGGAAACAUACCUUGUCAACUACUUUUCAACAUGAAUAUCACAGAUUUGUACUUGAGUGGCAACAAAAUUGAUGGUUCUUUCCUUGACUACUCUACUAAUGAAACGUCACCAAUUAAGUGGUUGGACAUAUCUGAUAAUCAUAUCAAAGGCUCUCUUCCAAAGAAUAUUGGAUAUCUUCUUCCAAGCUUAAGGUCCAUUGACAUGUCCUCAAAUGCAUUAGAAGGCAACAUUCCUCAGUCCAUUGGUCGUCCACCUCUCCAUUUGAUAGACCUUUCUCAUAACAUGCUCUCAGGAACAAUGAGUUUGACUAAAACUAGCACGCGACUCAUAUUGCUUGAUUUAUCAAACAACAAAUUGCAAGGACAAAUGCUACCAAAGGACGCGAACAUGACAAUGUUGAGGGCCUUGCAUCUGAGCAGCAAUAACUUCAAAGGAGUAAUCUCCCCCACCAUCUUAAACAGUCCAAAUUUACUAAUCCUAGAUGUUCGAGCUAAUCACUUGUCGGAUAACUCUCUAACAGGUUCCAUUCCAAUCUCUUUUCGAAACUUGAAAAGCAUGGAGAGUUUUGAUCUUUCUCACAAUAAGUUGAGAGGGAUAAUCCCUUCUGAAUUGGUUGGACUCACUUCUCUAUCUGUAUUUAGUGUUGCCUACAACGAUUUGUCUGGAAAAAUCCCAUUUGAGAAUCAAUUCUCAACUUUCACAAGCCAAUGCUAUGAGGGUAAUCCUGAACUCUGUGGAGACCCCCUGCCCAAGAAAAUGCUCAACCGCAGAACCUGGAGGAAAAGAAGGAAUUAG